AUGGUCCAUCCUGAUACAGGCAGUGAAACAGAGAACUGGAUGGUUGGAAAUGACAAAGAAUCUGUGUACAGGAAGCUCAAACACAACAACACGUCAGUUCCAGUGUCUCUGUCAGAAAACUUAAUUUCACCUGGGGAGAAACCAUUCACCUGCUCAGAUUGUGGGAAGGGAUUCAGUCGAACAUCUUACCUGAAGCAACAUCAGCGAGUUCACACUGGAGAGAGGCCGUUCACCUGCUCUGAAUGUGGGAAGAGAUUCACACACUCAUCUCACCUGAAAGCACACCAGCGAGUUCACACUGGGGAGAAACCAUUCACCUGCUCAGACUGUGGGAAGGGGUUCAGUCGAACAUCUCACCUGAAAGCACACCAGCGAGUUCACACUGGGGAGAAAUCAUUCACCUGCUCUGAAUGUGGGAAGGGAUUUUCUCAGUCAAGCAACCUUGUGGCGCACUACCAAGUUCACACUGGGGACAGGCUGUUCACCUGCUCAGACUGUGGGAAGGAAUUCAAUCAUUCAGCCGACCUUCAGAAGCAUUAUGGAGUUCACACUGGGGAAAAAGUUUAAAUCAGUUGCAUGCUUGAUAUUUAACCAUCACAGUUACCAAAUCCAGAGACAAGUUCAAAAAUGGCUGUUGGUGUUAAACUCUGAAAUUAUUGCUGCUGUUCAUCACACCCAGUUCAGCACCCUGGUCACUGGGACUGGGAGGAGUUCCUUCUGCUAUUGUUCACAUUUAAUGCAACUGGAGUUUAAUAUUCUGAAUCUGUGACAAAUAAAUCAGUUCUAUUUUCAACUGUCUCAGGUACUUAGUGAAACUACAACACACCCAGUGUACAUUAGGGAGUCAACUACACCCAGCUGGUCCCAGCCAGUCUUUCUGUUCCAUGACAGUCCUUCUAAAUCUUUCCCUGCUGUUCACCUUUCGCUUUCCCUGUAGUGAUGGCUUCCAAUCAGUCACCACUCUAAGGUUUCCCUUGAAUUUCCUGCAUGACUUUCUGCAGAUUGAAGAAGACGUGCUGACUGCAGUUAUGUCUGACAUGUUGUUUGGGCCGAGGAAGAAUGACAU